AUGACGAACGCGCUCGCUCCGUUCACGCUCAAGGGCUUCUAUCUGCUUACGUGGGGUACCGCGCUGGGCACGAAUGCCUGGCACCUUGUGUCCUCGCACAAGGCCUACACGACGCUGGACCGCGAGUCCUUCUCGCACCUCCAGGCCUCGAUGCACCCCGCGUACUUUGGCACCAGCACCCUGCUCUCGGGCGCGCUCCUCGCGACGCACCUCUACUUCCACCCGGUGCUCCUCCGGCGCGCGGCGUGGUGGGGCCUCGAGGAGGGCGUGCAGGGUCUCCUCAUCCUCGGCGCCUUCGUCCCGCAGCUCAUCAACUGGGUCGCUGUGGGCCCGCGGGCCAUCCGCCUUUUGUAUGAGCGCCACCGCGCCGAGCGGUCCGGCAAGGUCGCUGUAAGUGAGAACGUCGGCGUCGCUGACCCCCAGCCCGCCCAGGACGUGGCUGCCGCCAACUCGGCGUUCUCGACCAUCCACGGCGUCAGCAGCACGCUCAACCUCGUCUCGGGGCUUUCGCUCGCUGCCCUCGGCCUCGCCGUGAGCAUGUAA